AUGGCCGAGUCCGCGCUGUCCCCCAAGUUCGCGCCGUUCUUUGGCAUGGCCGGCAUCGCGAGUGCCAUGAUUCUCGGAAGUAUGGGCGCCGCGUACGGUACGGCCAAGUCCGGCAUCGGCAUCGCUGGUGUCGGUACCUUCCGGCCGGACCUGAUCAUGAAGUGCCUGAUCCCGGUCGUCAUGUCCGGUAUCAUUGCCGUCUACGCACUCGUCAUCUCUGUCCUGAUUGCCCAGGAUCUGGCGCCGCCCAGCAGCAACGCCCACUACAGUUUAUUCAACGGCUUCAUGCAUUUGGCGUGCGGCAUCUCGGUGGGCGCAACGGGCCUUGCGGCCGGCUACUGCAUUGGUGUUGUCGGCGACAAGGGCGUGCGCGCUUACAUGGAGCAGUCGCGCAUCUUUGUCGGCAUGGUGCUGAUUCUGAUUUUCGGCGAAGUGCUGGGGCUAUACGGUCUCAUUGUCGGCCUGAUCCUCAACACGAAGAGCAAGGACUAA